CCUCUGUUCCGCCUGGCAUGCAGGAACAAAACGAUGUUCAAUUCUCAAUAACCCAGGAAUCCGGUCGGCGUGCGCCUGAGAAUGGGCGCGUCGGCUCUAUCUACUCCGAUCCCAGCGACUUGAAAAUGUCCAAAGUUAGGACUAAAGACAUCGAGUUCGCUGAGGAUGGCCAGGACGUUCGCGAAGAUGAUUACAAGAAGAAACAAGUCUUCAAAGGAGCUACCUUGUUCUGGCUGGCCUACCAGUCCACUGGAGUCAUUUACGGUGACAUCGGAACCUCUCCGCUCUACGUGUACUCGUCGACCUUCACAUCCGAACCAAACAAAACAGACCUGCUUGGAGUCUUGUCUCUGAUCAUCUGGUCCAUCACAUUGAUCGUCACUGUAAAAUAUGUCCUCAUUGUGCUCUGCGCCGAUGACCAGGGCGAAGGUGGUACCUUUGCCAUGUAUAGUCUCCUCGCACGCUUUAGCAAUAUCUCUGAACAGGACCCCAAAAUGAAACACACCAUCAAGCUUGAACGCUAUAUGAGCACUGAUAUAAAGCCCAGCAACAGAUAUGUAAGGAACUUUUUGGAGCGCAGUUCGGUUGCUCGCGUUCUCUUGAAGGUUUUAUCGGUCCUUGGAGUUAGUCUUAUUCUGGCAGACGGAGUUCUCACUCCUGCGCAAUCCGUUCUUGGGGCCAUUCAAGGUCUCAAGGUUGUGAAAGAGGAUAUCUCAAAUGGCACUAUCAUCGGUGUCUCCUGCGCUAUUCUCGUCUGCCUCUUUCUCGUCCAACCCUUCGGCAUUCAUAGGGUUGGCAGUGUUUGGGCACCGAUCGUCGUGCUCUGGCUAAUUUUCAACAUGACCUUUGGUAUCUACAAUCUGGUCAAACAUGACUACACCGUUUUUAAGGCCUUUUCUCCCUGGUUUGCGGGACAUUACUUGGUCAGGAAUAAAAAGGACGGUUGGAUUUCUCUGGGAGGAAUCCUGCUAGCUUUUACCGGAGUUGAAGCCCUCUUUGCUGACCUCGGCGCCUUUUCCAAAAAAGCCAUUCAAAUCUCCUGGUUGUGCUUGGCCUACCCCUGCUUACUCUUGGCAUAUAUCGGUCAAGCAGCAUAUCUUGCCGACGAUCCUUCGGCAUAUUCGAAUCCCUUCUUCCAAACGGUGCCACCGGGGAUGUUCUAUCCCUCUCUGGUUCUGUCUAUCUUAGCGGCCAUUGUCGCAUCGCAAGCUAUGAUCACCUCCUCAUUUCAGCUUUUGAGUCAGGUUAUGAACAUGAGCUACUUCCCGCAGAUCAAGAUGAUCUAUACCAGCGACAAGUUCCACGGCCAGGUAUAUAUUCCCAUGGCGAACUGGCUCUUGAUGGUUGGCACAGUCAUAGUCACUGCAGUCUAUAACAACACUACCCGCCUUGGGCACGCGUACGGCGUAUGCGUCAUUCUCGUUACCUUCAUCACAACUAACAUCGUUGCCAUCGUCGCCAUCGUAGUAUGGCGGCUAAACUGGGUCCUUGUUGUCGCGAUCUGGCUUCCAUUCAUCGCCCUCGAUGGUGUGUUCCUGAGUGCCGCUCUCACGAAAGUCCCCGACGGAGCUUGGUUCACGCUUCUGCUCGCGAUCCUUCUCGCUACCUUCUUCAUCCUCUGGCGGUACGGGAAGGAGAACCAAUGGCGUUCCGAAGCAAAGGACCGGCCACGUCUGCACCGUUUCGUCACAAAAGGCACCGACGGCAAACACAAGCUCUCCGACGCGUUCGGCGGCGGCGAGCUGACAACUAUCAAAGGCCUCGGUAUAUUCUUCGACAAAGCCGGUGAAAUGGUCCCAACCGUGUAUCAAGAAUUCCUCCGCAAGUUCGAGGCGCAGCAAGAAGUCCACGUCUUCCUGCACCUACGCGCUCUUUCGAAACCACACGUCUCCGAAGAAGACCGCUACGCCGUCUCGAGGACUACGCUGGUGAACUGCUACCGCCUGACCAUCCGCCACGGAUACAACGACCGGGUCAUCAGCGCCGACCUCGGCGAAAUCGUGUAUACCGAGCUCCGCCGCGCGAUCAUGACCUUCCGCUCCCUCCCCGCCCUCUCAGCUUCCGAGUCUGACGGCGUGGCAUCGUCCUCCGCUGUUUCAGCUUCCUCCGAUGCUGUCCAAUCCGACACCAACAGCGUCUCUAAGCUCUCGUUCGCGAUCCCGAACGACGCGUCAGUAGAGCGGCGGAUUCAUAAGCUCGACUCAGCGUACAAAAAGCAAGUUGUCUACAUUGUCGGCAAAGAGCAGUUGCGUCUUCUCGCGGAGAAGAACAAUGUCUUCAAACGUUUUGUCUUGUAUAUCUUCAUUUGGUUGAGGGAGAACACGAGGGCCAAGAUCAGCCAGAUGGAGGUGCCGAUUGAGAAGCUUGUCGAGGUUGGCUUCGUCAAGGAUAUGUGAGCGUGAGGGAUGCGAAGGGUCCUUAACCUAAAUUGUUUUCUUCGGCGGUAUGUCGAGAAGGGUGCUCUCUGUUCAUGUGACGACGACUAAGAACUUAUCGAGGUAAAGGUAGAGGUAGCUAUUAGAACACAUCCAACUAUCUCUAUUUUGGUCAUUAAUCCACUCAUCCCAAUACCUUUUUGAGACUUUUCUUUAUCAAUAUCAUCGUGAC